GAGAGGACAAGUCCGCCCCCAGGACAGACAAUAUAAAGACGCUCGUUGUCUGACUGACACCAAACAGACCGACUGCCGCUGGACACUCAAAGCUAAAAAUGAGUAGAAACUACCUGUCCCAUGACGACGAGCUUCGCAAGGGAGAUUAUCUGUUGUCCAACAACAGAGAAUGGAAGGCGGUUUUCCAGAAUGAUGGAAACUUCGUCAUCUAUGGCUGGAAACCGAUCUGGGCCUCUGACACCUGUGGAUCUGAUGCAGUCCGCCUAAUCAUGCAGGCAGAUUGCAACCUGGUCAUGUACAACAACUGUGACACCCCUAGAUGGCACACCAACUCCUACCAGCAGGGUACUCAUGUUGGCCGUGUUCAGCUGACUGAUGACGGCAAACUGCUGGUGUACAAAGACUCCCAUGAAAUCUGGAGCUCUGCCAAUUCUAAAGGCAUGAAGUGAAGCUGCAACAUUAAAAAUCUCACUAGUUUGACUUCCCUGCAUUUAAAAUUAC